AAGGACGGUCGUACGUGGAACGCAUAGUUUACUUUGUCAUAAUCUGAUUGGUGUAACUCGUAAGCUUAUCGUGUGUGUUUCCAUAAUAGUACUCCAAAUCGAAGAUAGGCAUUAGUUCAAUGUGUCAUGUGUUUAUCAGAUUAAGUUGUUUAUGCAUAAAUGCACAGAAUUUGUUGGCGUGCGUCACUGCGCUGGCUUCGGCCCAAUUUAACCAGGAUGACAAUUUACCAAAAGGAUCGCCUCUUCGAUCAACUCGUUUCCAGAGACUUCCAUCUGCUCGACCAGCACUUUCAACGCAAGUUGGACUUGCGAAUCAACGAAUUCGCCGUCCAAUUACAUUUAGACCCAAAGGAGCUGAAGAUUCAAUCGGAACAGGUCCAGGUUUCACACCCAUCAGAUCAUUGCGACCAAAUCUACCCACAGGACCAGCGCCACUUCCUCAACAAAUUAAACCAGUGAACGAGGAGCCAGAUGAAACGCGAAGCCGCGAGCCACCUCGAAAUCACAAUAAUCAAGAUGACGAUACCGAUUUAAGUGACGACCCUCCAGACAGCCAAGAAGGAAGCGAAGAAAGCGAAGAAAACGUGCCACGAGCAGUUUCAAAUCUUGGUACAGUAGGUUCGAUAUCGAGGACUUCCGCCAACGUUGGCCCGACUGCACAACCAGUGCAAUAUCGUCCUGUUUCGGGACCAGGAAGUCCAACUGGCAGAGGAAGUGGAAUACCAACCGCACCAGCAUUAGCACCAGUUCAGUAUCGACCGACAGCAAAACCGAACAAACCAAGGAAACCGAUAGAAGAACCAUUUAAGCAACAGGUUAAACCACCUGCAAAAUCAGUGAAACCAUCUCAAUCUUACGAUGCUCGCGGAAAGAAGCCCGUUGCACAGAUUAUUAGGCGAUAUCGCAACGAUAAUCCGGACGGUUCAAUCACCUGGGGCUUCGAGAACGACGACGGAUCUUACAAAGAAGAAAUAAUCGGCGUCGAUUGUAUCACUAGAGGUAAAUACGGCUAUAUCGAUCCGGACGGUAUUCGUCGAGAAUACACGUACGAAACUGGUAUCAAAUGCGACGAGGAACAACGAGAAGAAGAAGAAGAGAACGGGUUCGUUGAUUAUCAAGAGAAUAAACUAGUACUUCCCGAUGGUAAAACCAUAGAUCUAUCGAGUAUGGGUAAAAAGCAAACUCGUAGACCUCGUUACCAUUAGUAAUAUAUUUUAUAUAAUUUCUUUCUUUUUUGUGUUUUCAUAUCGAACAAUCGAAACUUUGAUCAUUAGAAUUCAAAAGAAAAUUUUCACGCGAUCUUUUUCUCAUAAUUCAUCAAUUUUUUAAAUAUUUA